AUGUCCGGUCUCUUCAACUCUCGCUGGGCACCCGUGGAUGGGGGAAACAAAACAUACCCGGCGAGUCAAAAUGCGCCCCGGUACUGGUCCUCCAACAACUCUAAUCCCGGCGGUCAUAGCAGCGUCCGUCCGACGACUAUCACAUCCCAAGACGGCCGUUUGCUGCCGCCAGCCGAAGAAUUGGCUCGAUUUAUGAAAAUCGUCGCCAGGCUGCGAUGGAAACUUCCAUUUUUAGCUGAGGGAUACCGCCUUGCGACACUGGAAAUAAGCGAUGUCGUAUCCGCAGACGAUGUCGCGCACGCUGAAAUAAUGUUCAAGAUCGAUUUUCAUGAAUAUUAUGCUCUGCUUGAACGUGCUAUUGUCCACUUACUGGCGGUAUUCAAUAUAUCGGUUACAUCCUCGCCUCGGGGACCACCAGAUAAUGGGAACGGCGUCGGUCGGCCUGUUGGUAUUCAUCGAUACCACGCCAAUGUGCUAGAAGCCUUGCGGGAACAGUCAACCCCACUCUCCCCAGUUCUUGGCGGUGGCUCUGUUUAUUUGCAAUUGCAAAAGGCCAAGGAACUGCGUAAUAGGUGGAAAACAGCUGAUCUGACCUUGGAAGAAAGAGAAAAGCAGGGUGAAAGAAAGGACGUCAUGACACUCGCGAGCUUUGACUUCGAAGGUAUCAUCUCUGAUAUUUUUGGUGGAUUAGAAGAAUCAUAUGUUCGGGCAAAAGAGCAUGUCGAUAAGUGCAUCCGCCCGGAGGAGGGCACUGGAGAGGGAGCAAACACCGAGGCGGACUGGGGGUUCAUGGUCGAUGCUAUGGAUUGGGAAGCCGUAUGA